AUAGCAAAUCUCAGCAACUUGAAAAACUCAGACAUUGAUUUCAGAACCCAAUGUACUUACAGUCACAGAUCUAUUAAACUCACCACCUUAAAAUCCUCCAGACGGGGACCCACUUAUCACCUAAAAUCCUCGUUACUUGCUACAUUUCAACCUGUCUAUCACUUUCCACAAAUUCCCUCUGCCCUCCAAAAAAGAAAAAACUACACCAUCACCGCCAUGACGACCGCCAUGAAACCCACCAUUGUCGCCGUCACCACCUCUGUGGAUAUUAUGAAAACCCCGAGCUUUGUCAAAAUGGUAGCCCUUUCGCUUGUGUCCCUUUCUGUGAUCGCUUUCUUUUACCACCUCCCUUCUGUUCCUUCUCUCAUUUCCACCGUCACAUCAUCCUCCAUUGCACCACGUCCUUCAGCGCCCUCCACCACAUUCCCGAAGCCACGUGUGCUUCAACCGCCACCGUGGGUGAAGGUGAUGCCGAGGAUGGGGAUACUGGACGAGAAGGGAGCAAUGACUGUGGAGUUUGAGAUUGGGGAUGUUGAUGAAAGUUUAAUGGAGGAGUUCAGGAAUUUGGUUGGUGGAAGAGAGGAUGGUAAGAAAGAAGAGAACCAUGAGAUUAUUAAGUAUGACAAGUUUAAGGUCUGUGAAGAGACUAAGCGUGAGUUUAUACCUUGCUUGGAUAAUGUGCAAGAGAUUGCAAGGUUGAAUUUGACUACUAGUGUGAAAAAAUUUGAAAGGCAUUGCCCUCAGGAUGGUAAUGGGUUGGAUUGCUUGAUUCCUAUGCCUGAAGGGUACCAGAGACCUAUUCCAUGGCCCAAGAGCAGAGAUGAGGUGUGGUUCAGUAAUGUGCCUCACACACGUUUGGUUGAAGAUAAGGGCGGUCAGAAUUGGAUUGCAUUAGAAGGGGAUAAGUUCAUUUUUCCUGGUGGUGGAACACAAUUUAUACAUGGGGCAGAUCAAUACUUGGACCAGAUUUCACAGAUGGUUCCUGAUAUUGCAUUUGGGGAAAACAUCCGCGUUGCCUUGGACAUUGGUUGUGGUGUAGCAAGUUUCGGUGCCUUUUUAUUGCAGCGGAAUGUGACUGCUCUAUCAAUAGCACCAAAAGAUGUUCAUGAGAACCAGAUUCAAUUUGCGUUGGAGCGUGGAGCUCCUGCAAUGGUAGCAGUUUUUGCUUCACGCCGUUUGUUAUAUCCGAGCCAAGCUUUUGACAUGAUACAUUGUUCAAGAUGUAGAAUUGAUUGGACAAGUGGUGAUGGGAUUUUUCUUCUCGAGGCAGACAGAAUGCUGAGGGCAGGAGGAUACUUUGUAUGGGCAGCACAACCCGUGUAUAAACAUGAAGACAAUCUGCAAGAACAAUGGAGAGAAAUGCAGAAUCUUACCAAUAGCAUUUGUUGGGAGCUUGUAAAGAAGGAAGGAUAUAUUGCUAUAUGGCGGAAGCCUUUCAACAACAGCUGCUACCUUAACCGUGAAGCUGGAGCACAACCUCCACUAUGUGACUCUAAUGAUGAUCCAGACGAUGUUUGGUACGUAGACUUGAGGGCAUGCAUAACUCGACUGCCUGAGGAUGGUUAUGGAGGCAAUGUUACUACAUGGCCUACACGCCUGCAUUAUCCACCAGAUAGACUGCAGAGCAUCAAAAUGGAUGCCACAAUAUCUAGAAAGGAACUCUUAAAGGCAGAGUCAAGAUAUUGGAAUGACAUCAUAGAAAGUUAUGUUAGAGCUUUCCAUUGGAAAGAGAAGAAUUUUCGAAAUGUACUGGACAUGAGAGCUGGAUUUGGAGGAUUUGCAGCAGCAAUGCAUGAUCUUGAGGUUGAUUGCUGGGUCAUGAAUGUUGUUCCUGUUAAUGGGUUCAACACCUUGCCUGUUAUAUAUGACCGCGGGCUUAUAGGAGUAAUGCAUGAUUGGUGCGAGCCAUUUGAUACUUAUCCGAGAACAUAUGACUUACUACACGCAGUAAGCUUGUUCUCUGUGGAGCAGAACAGGCACAAAUGCAAUUUCUCUACUAUAAUGCUCGAGAUGGAUAGGAUGCUACGACCUGGUGGAACUGUUUAUAUACGUGACAUUGUAUCUAUUAUGGGCGAACUUCAAGAGAUAGCAAGUGCCAUGGGUUGGGUGUCUGCUGUUCAUGACACAGCCGAAGGUCCUCAUGCAAGUCGAAGGAUAUUGAUCUCUGAGAAACGUAUGCCAUGAGAUUGUCCCUUCUUUCCUCUACGAAAUUGUGGGGCCCUCCUCUUAGGAAGAUAGUUGUUCAUUUUUCUGAUGCAAUCAUUUCUGUACAUUAGUCAUGAAUACCUGAGAAACAGAAUAGAGUACAGUCCAAGAAAAGUAGAUUUUGAAAUAAUAAAAAAUCCAACACUUUCUAUAGCA